AUGGCCGCCCUCACGCUAACGGCCCUCCUCGCCCUUGCGUCGACCCUUCCCGCCAUAACCGCCGCUCCCAUCCCCGCACUCGCCUGGACACGUCAAUGCCGGUGCAUCUCAGUCCCCUCCGCAAGCCUGGGCUACAUAUUGCCCGCUUCCGCCGAAGACGCCUGCACUCGCAUCGGACCUCAGCUCGAUAAAUGGCGCCGCAGAAAUUCUUACGCUUAUGGCGACCUCUUCGCAUCUGGCCUCCGCACUGAUGCGGCGUCGAGGGCAGGUGUGUUGAGGGAGGCGCUGCCGGUACCGACGAGUGCGCUGAUGCAGGGGUCGAGGGAGGGAUUGGCUGAGGAGAGCAGGACUAUGUGUCGCAUUGUUAGGGUACCGGACGAGGAGGCAGAGAGGCUGUGGGAGGAAGAAGGAGAAUUGAAUCUGAUGCUUAUUCGGUUCACUUUGUUUGUGAUUGGAGUGAUUUUGGCGGUAGAGGUCGUGGGAUUGGUGCGAUUCAUGUGGGUGGCACCUACGCAUUCUUUGUGCCCUAGCAAGACCACUGACCUAGGAUAUAGUGCACGAUGGGUCCUCGCGAGAAAAGAGAGUGCUAUUCGGCUUGAUGGUCAGGAGAAGGCUCUAUGGGCGAUUGCCGAUGAAGAGGAUAGAUGCAGCAAUGCGCAUAUUCUUACAGAGAAAGAAACGCUCGGCGUAUGUUGCAACGGGGGGAGCUAA